GCCCCCAAGCCCCGCCUCUUGCUCAAUUCCGCGCCAAAGGUACCCACAUGCGCGCCUGUGCUGCGACCUAGACUUCGCGCAGGCGCUGGGUGGGACUGGCAGGGUUAAAAACCAUGGCGUGGGUACCUGCGGAGUCCGCUGUGGAAGAGUUGAUGCCCCGGCUGUUGCCAGUGGAGCCCUGCGAUUUGACCGAAGGUUUCGAUCCCAGCGUACCUCCGAGGACUCCUCAGGAAUACCUGAGGCGGGUCCAGAUCGAAGCAGCUCAAUGUCCAGAUGUUGUGGUAGCUCAAAUUGACCCAAAGAAGUUGAAAAGGAAGCAAAGUGUAAAUGUUUCUCUGUCAGGAUGCCAGCCUGCCCCUGAAGGAUAUUCCCCUACACUUCAGUGGCAACAGCAACAAGUGGCACAGUUUUCAGCUGUUCGGCAGAGCGUGAACAGACAUAGGAGUCACUGGAAAUCACAACAGUUGGAUAGUAACGUGACCAUGCCAAAAUCUGAAGAUGAAGAAGGCUGGAAAAAAUUUUGUCUGGGUGAAAGGUUAUGUGCUGAAGGGGCUGCUGGACCAGCUGCAAGUGAAAGUCCAGGAAUUGAUUACGUACAAAUUGGUUUUCCUCCCUUGCUUAGUAUUGUUAGCAGAAUGAAUCAGGCAACAGUAACUAGUGUCUUGGAAUAUCUGAGUAAUUGGUUUGGAGAAAGAGACUUUACUCCAGAAUUGGGAAGAUGGCUUUAUGCUUUAUUGGCUUGUCUUGAAAAACCUUUAUUACCGGAGGCUCAUUCACUGAUUCGGCAGCUUGCAAGAAGGUGCUCUGAAGUGAGGCUUUUAGUGGACAGCAAAGAUGAUGAGAGGGUUCCUGCUUUGAAUUUAUUAAUCUGCUUGGUUAGCAGGUAUUUUGACCAGCGUGACUUAGCUGAUGAGCCAUCUUGAUGUAGCUGAUCUCUCAGGGAUAGGAGGUACUUGUGAUGAAGACAGCCUGAGUCAUAGGAAGUGCGAUGCCAGUUCAAGUGCAGAGUGCAUCAUAUCUUCAGCACAAUGUGAAGAGUCUUCAUCUUAACCUGUGCGACUCAAGUUGGUAUUCAGAAGAUAGUGUUUUUUCAAUAUUUGACGUAUCUUUGAAAGAUCUUACCCAGUUUUGAUGAAUAGUUUAAACAGUUUUCUGUAGUCACAUGCUUUUAAAACAAAUUGAAUGCCAUUUAUUGAUGAAGCAUUCUGCACAGAAACUGUGUGAAAUUGUACAAAGGCCCUUGGUGCUGUUUCAUUGUUUAUUUACAUAUAUACAUAUAAAAUUUUAUUGAAAAUGUGUUUUGAUUAUUAAAAUUUUGUUUGACUCUUGAACAGAACAAAAGACAAUGGAUAAAUGUCCUUAAUCAUCUAGAUUAUAUGGCACAUGUAUUCAUAAUCAGCAGCAAGAUUAGCCUAAGGUUUUCCCUUUAAGCUCAGAACUUUUACUUUUAAAUACUUUAUUGCAUAAACAAAACUUUUUCUUUGCAAGUCAUUUUCAGUAACAUCCUAAUUAAUGACUUUUAAUUUUUCUGCCACAUCUUUUGUUCAUGUCACUUAUAAUUUAUCUCUUUCUAUAUCAGGCGGGAAUGUUUCCUAUGUUAAGUAACAGGAGAUCCAAGUAGCAAUGGUUUUUCACAUAGGGAUUUAUUUUCUUACACAGCAAGACGUCUGGAGGAGCUGUCUACUGGCACUGGUUCAGUGACUCCACGAUACCAAGGUCUCUGAGUCUUAGCUUUUUCCUCGUGGUAAGAUGCCCCUACAGUGCAGAGCAAUGUGUCUCUAUUCAAGACAGGAAAAGAGAGGAAAAAGGCAGAGCCUUCCACAUCUGAUCCUUUUCUCAUAAAAGCAAAACCUUCUCUAGAAAUCCACAGCAGAUUUGUCUUCAUCUGUUGAUCAUGAGUGUAUAAAAUCAUCACCUCUAGCUUCAAGAAAACUGGGGAAAUGGAACUGUAAGCUUUUCCAGUCUUUCUAAUGGGAAGUGGAAAAGGAAAAGGGGAUUAGGAAUAACUGUGGAUCAGGCAACCAAUAGUUUUGCUACUUUUUAUAAAUGGAGCAGAUGUAAUUUUAUAUUUCAGUCUUUUCUGCUGUUGUGUCUUCAUCAAGCUGAUUUUUCAAUGGUAGCCUAGUAGUCUAAGUUGUAUUUUACCAUAAUUUAAACAUUCUUUCAUUGUUGAAUAUGUAAUCUUUCAGUGUUAAUCCAAUACAGAAAAUGCUACCAUGAAUACCUUCAUGCACAUAGCUUUUUCCUUUCUUUGACCAGAAGUUCCCAAGCAUAGGGUUGCAAGUCGUAAGAGUCUAUCAGUUAAUAUUGCAUUUGAAACUUAACUGAGGUUUUAAAAAUUACAAAUUUAUUCUUGUUUCUCAUAAAAUAAUUCUCGUCUGAGGAGCUUAGGGCUAGGGCAGCAGGUUUACAACAUCUCAGAUGCCCUAGGUGCAUCCAGAUUUCUCUUUCAUCAGUGUUUGUGUGUAGCUUUCAUCCUUCUCUGGUCAUGCUAUGGUUGCUUUAUCUCUUACUUCAAAUCUGCAUUCCAGGGAGAAUAAAAACGUACCACCACUUCUGGAGGUCUGUACCAGGGGAGCAAAGUGUUAUGAGAAACUCUUCAACUUGUAUAUUAUUUGUCAGAGUUACGGCAUGUUACGGCAUCUUCUACUUAAAAAGAAAGCUGGCAAAUUUAAUUUUUCAGGUGAGCAUAUUGUCACUCCUACCAAAAAUGGUUCUGUUAGAAGAGAGGAGAGAGUGGAUAUUGGGUAGGCAGCCAGCAGUGUCUACCAUCAAGAGUUUAGAUUUUCAGCCUACACCACAACUAGCUGUUUUAUAGCUGCACAUUCUUUGCUGAUUUGCUCUUUGGGGGGUGGGGCUAGGGACUGAUUUAAUAAAGGUAAAGUGUCAGUUGUUUUGACUUACAUUUCUUCCAUAGCUAAUGGCACAAAGAAUUAACAUUUCUGAAGAUUAGAAACAUAAAAAAGAAGGCAAUUUUGCAUGUGCAGAAGACGAGUGAUAUAAGAAAUUAUUUUAAUGCAGUUACACCUCAUUUUCCAGCAAGCUGUAGGAACUCCCAUAUUUAACUGAGAACUUAUUUUUGUCAUGACUUAACUUGGCAUAAGGAUAUUUUUCAGGAAUGUAGAGAUAAAAGUAAAAGAUAUUUAAAACCACUUAUGUAAUUGUAAGUAUGCAGACUAUCCAGUGUAGCCUUAGGGUUUAUCAGACCUUUCACAAUAAAAAGUAUCUUCUGGUUUUUAUGAGAAAUUGAAGAGAAAGAAUUUUUCAAGUCUUAACACAGGUAGAAAGCUUUAAGUACACUGAGAAACUACACAUUUUAAAUAAUGGAAUUUAGAAGUAGUUAUUUUGAAAAUAUUAACUACCAAAUGGUAGUUUAAAUCAGGACUGUGGGAGCAUGGACCAAGUAAAUUAGAUGGUACCCGUAUUUUUUUUUCACAUGAAAGAGUCAUUACUUCUUUUGAUCAAAAGGACAUUUACAUUGAUUAAAUUGUGUUAAUUAUUUUAUUAAAAUUGUAUUCAUUUCUACCUUUUAAAA